AUGCCUCCAUCCUCCCUCGCGCCGCCGUGGCCGUCUAGCUAUCGCGCCACCAACUACCCUGACUGGGCCCGGCGCCGCCGCCGCUGCCGCCCGAAGCCGGAGCCUAGAGAGCGAGUGAGCGACGACGACGACGUCCUCUUGAUCAACCCGGCAUCGGCAUCCCCGCGCUUCUGCAUGCUCAUAUUCCUCCCGGACAAGCACGACGGGCUCCGCGACCUCCUGCGGCUGGCGGCCACGGAGCCGGGCUUCGUCACGCGCUGCGUUCCCGAGGACUUGCAGGAGGUCAUCCCGUGCUUGGUGCCCAAGUUCAAGUUCGCCUUCGGGUUUGACGCGACGGACCCGCUGCGGAGCCUCGGGCUCGCCGCGCCGUUCGACCCGCUGGCCGCCGACCUGUCCGGGGCGGUCGCGAGCUGCACGCCGGCCUUGGAAGAAGGGCUCUACGUGUCGUCCGUGGAGCAGAUUUGCGGGGUGGAGGUGGGCGAGGAAGGCACGACGGCGGUAGGAGUGCUGUACGAGCCUUCGUCUCCGACCUACAGCCCCGGACAGCCGCCGCCGCCGCCGCCCAUGAGCUUCGUGGCGGACCGCCCUUUCGUGUUCGCCGUCGUUGAGUAUAACAAGGCCGAGGUCCUGUUCCUCGGGCAUGUCGUGGACCCUGCAAAAGAGACGUGA